AUGGAACAAAAUCAAAAGCACCAAGAAAUACUAGCCCUUGAGCAAGAAAUCAAACAAGAGCUCAAGGAAAAAUGUCUUCCAAAGACACCAUUCAUGGGAAGUGAACACGUUCACCUCGUAAAAUAUGAAAACUUUUGGUAUGGUGAUCAGUAUAUUCAAAGUGUCCUAACAUUACAACGACACUUUAUAGCUCAAGACAAUGAUAUCAUCUUAUGUAGUCAACCCAAAACCGGUACUACUUGGUUGAAAUCUUUGCUAUUUUUUCUUGUGAAUCGCUCCAAAUAUAGCAUUGAUCAAAUCCCUUUGCUAAAACAUAAUCCACACGAACUAAUUCAUUCCCUUGAGAGUGUCUAUGGUAAUUUAAUUUCAUACCCUAAAGCUCAUAACCUUAUUGAACUUCCUUCACCAAGGCUCUUUAGUACCCAUAUGCCCUACACAAGUCUUCCUGAAUCAAUCAAGGCUUCUAAAACUCGGGUUUUAUACAUAUGUCGAAAUCCUUUUGACACAUUUGUGUCAUUGUAUUACUUCGGUUCUAGCUUCAUGAAGAAGCAAUAUGGAGAUGAUUUUGAUCUUCCUUCUAUUGAAGAUUACUUUUAUGAUGAAUUUUGUCAAGGGGUGCAUCCUUGUGGACCUUUCUUUGACCAUAUACUCGAAUUCUGGAAGGCGAGUUUAGAACAACCUGAUAAGGUGUUCUUUCUUAAGUACGAGGAUUUAAAGGAGGAUCCUACGUCCAAUCUUAAGAGGUUGGCUAAAUUUAUAGGCAUGCCAUUUUCUCAUGAGGAAGAGAGUAAUGGUGUUGUACAAGAGAUUAUUGAGUUUUGUAGCAUUAAGAAAAUGAAGGAGUUGGAGGUCAAUAAGAGUAAAGAGGUUGUUGAAAAUCUUUAUGAAAAGAAGACAUUCUUUAGGAAAGGAAAGGUCGGGGAUUGGAUUCAUCAUUUUACACCUAGUAUGGUAGAAAAGAUGAAUUCAUUGAUGGAUGAAAAAUUUACUUUGAUCGAUAAUAAAUUUUCGGGUUUCAAACUAUAUGGCUGA